AUGUCGUACGUCUCGGACUGGAUGGCCCCUGGCAAGCUCGUCGCGUCGCUCGGCGCACCCUUCUGGGGCAAUCUGAAGCCCACCGCCGGCGAUUUUGCCUGCCUGUGCUCGCUGUUCUUUGACAACCUCUCGACGAUGCUCACCUUCUCGGCAAUCUGGCAAGCGCCCCCCUUCACCGCCCACGAGUCGCUCCCACCACCGAUUCCCACUCUUCACGCCAUUUCGCUCUCUCCGGCCCUAAACCGGCAUCCACACGCCGACUCCGCCACCAGGCUCUUCGACGUCACCGACGGAGGCGACAAAGCGAGGGAGCUUCUCUACAAGCGAAUCAUCCCGGGCUGCGGCUUCGUCCUCUUCCUGGGCAACGUGUACUACUCCUGGAUGGCGACGCGCAUGAAGACUCAGUUCGGCCGCGAAUUCACCUCCCAGCCUUACGGCAUCAGCGACAUCAUGUCGCUCGUGUCGGCCUACAAUGCGGGCGGUACCUGCAUCUACUUUGGCCACCCGGUCCACAAGAAGAUCGGCGGCAAGUACUUCUUCUCCUUUGCCAACGGGGUGAUCUACCUCGUCAUCACCCUCGCCGGCAUCUUCCCUUUCAUCCUCGACAUCACCCCCGCCGUCGCGUCCGGCCCGACGAUCAUGAUCUUCGGGCUGAUGCUCUGCGAGGAGAGCAACCUCCUCCUCGGCAUGCUCUGGGCGGCCAUCCUCGUGUACGCCAUCGACCGAAAGUACGUCGCGGCGGCAUUCGCGUCCCUCGUCGCCUUCGUCUUCGCCCUGCUCGGCAUCAUCCACCAGCCGGAGAUCAAGUUCGUCGACGGAGCCUUCAUGGACGGGUACCAAACUGUCUUGGGCGGCGACGGGUACCACUCGGGCGGCAACAGCCUGUGGCCGUCGCAGAAGAACGACCCGCGCUACUCUACCUCGGCCUUCCAGACGUCGAUGGCGUACCUCACCAAGACCUUCCCUGACAAGUACCCGCAGAAGCUGCUCGCGGACUCGGACGAGGCGGUGGCGGAGGACGAGCAAGCCAUGAACUCGAAGCUCAUCGUCAUCGGCUCCUUUGGCGAUUGGUGGUCCAAGGCGAUGGCGGGCGCGCCGGUGGACGUCGCAAAGGAGGCGAUGUAG